AUGUCAUUCCCCCCCGGCGGUCGCUUCUUCAUCCAGGAGAAACUCGAUGUCCCAGCUCCGCAUCAUGAAAGCUUUGAGCAGCUGUGGUUGACGAAAUGGCAACGACCGUGUCAGAUGGGCAUAUAUCCGUUCAUGUUCUCGGCUGUCCAGGAUUUCGAACCGAUUGUUGCGAAGCUCGUUGAGCAAGGUCAGAAAGAACCAUAUGAUUGGGACGAAUAUGCCAAAGUGUUCUUCCCGAAAGCAGAAGAGCUCUAUGCUGCUGCGGAGGCUGCAGAGAAAGAAGGCAACAGAGAAAAGGCCUCCGAGUUGUACCUUCGAUCCUCUGCAGUAUACCGCAUCUCGAGAUUUCCUGCCCCGCGGUCUGAAUGGCAACGACGCGCAUGGACCGAUGGCAAGAAAGCCGCGAAGCAAGGUCUCGCCCUCCGCGAGCGCCCAACCCAAGAAUUGACCAUUCCACACAAGCAUGCCUCAGCUGACGACAAAGACUCCGUGACAUUCUACUACCACCUCCCACCGGGCACCACAGCCGGAUCGCCGGUCCCGACCAUCAUCCUCCUCUGUGGCCUGGACGCCUACCGGACCGAAAUCGCCGUCUCAAUCGAAGGCUGGUCCCGCCACAACGUCGCCGUCAUCAUCCUCGAGAUCCCCGGCACAGGCGAUUCGCCCGCCGAUCCCAGCGAUCCCACAUCCUCCGAUCGCGUCUUCUCCACUCUCUUCGACUGGCUCGAUGCCCAGCCUGAACUCGACCCGUCCCGUCGCGCCUGCUGGUCCUUCAGCACAGGCGGUUUCUACGGCAUUCGUCUCGCGCACACCCAUGCGGAUCGCAUCACUGCCGUGGUCGCGCACGGGGGAGGUUGUCACUAUAUGUUCUCGCCGGAGUGGCUAUCGCGGGUCAAUCAUCUCGAAUACCCCUUCGACCUAGCGACGACAUUGGCACAUAAAUGGGGCUACGGAAGCGACCUCGAGAAAUUCUCGAAAGAGGCCCAGGGGAAAUUCUCGCUGCUCGAAGAUGGGACAUUGGAUUCGCCGACUUGUGCAAAAUUGUUGUUGGUGAAUGGAACGGAUGAUGAGAUUUUCCCUAUCGAUGACUACUACCUUUGUCUGAGACGUGGUGCGCCGAAGACUGUGCGGCUCGUGGAGGGAAGGAAACAUAUGGGUGAGCCAGAGGCGUCGCCGAUUGUGUUGGGCUGGCUUUAUGAGAUUUUCGGCAUCCAGGCGAAUCCGCUCGAGCAGAUGAAGUUGACUCCGUCUCGGCCUAAAUAUGUCUAA